CCUCUACGCCGGGUUUAAGGUCCUCGCAGUCGGUGACGUAAUUCCCCGGCGACUGGAAUUAUUCAAAAACAUUAAUCCGUUUGAUAUUUCGGUAAUACGGCAGUAUUUUGUCCGGGAGCUGAACAUAAUGGCCUUGGAAACGGUCCCCAAAGACCUCCGCCAUCUGCGAGCCUGUCUGCUGUGUUCGUUAGUGAAGACGAUCGACCAGUUUGAAUACGACGGCUGUGACAACUGUGAGUCCUACCUUCAGAUGAAGGGGAACCGGGAGAUGGUCUACGAAUGCACGAGUUCCUCAUUCGAUGGUGUGAUAUCCAUGAUGAGCCCCGAGGACAGCUGGGUAGCUAAAUGGCAGAGGAUAGGCAACUUCAAGCCAGGUGUAUAUGCAGUGUCGGUGACCGGCAGACUACCUCCAGGUGUGGUGAGAGAGCUGAAAAGCAGAGGAGUGAUCUACAAAUCCAGAGACACGGCGGUGAAGACGUAAACCGGCAGCAGAGCGCAGGCCCAACUCCAGACAGAAGGAACAACAGGGGGACUUGAUCACGUCUGUGGCGUCCUGAGGAACUGCCUUUCAACUGUCCGUUCAUGUUUGUUGUGCGAUUAGAAAAUAAUAGCAUUGGUGUUUAUAGAGGAGAAGAUGUUUUAAUUUUUUUUUAAUUUCUUUGGACAAUUGAGUAAAAUAAUAAAGGUCUGUUUUUUUAAAGAAA